AUGGCAAGCGGCGACAGCUCCUACUCCUACUACGACUAUGAUUAUAAAGAAUCAUUUACCGAUAAGCCAUUAAUCCCACCUUGCUUUAUGGACUCCACUGCCCAAGUCAACCAAAAUGUAAUCUCUGUAGUGUUCUUGCUUGUGUUUGCUCUGGAUAUUAUGGGUAAUGGACUGGUCAUAUACGUCCUGAGUAGAAAGGGCAGCAGCUGGCAUAUAUCUGACCACUACUUAUUUCAGCUGGCCGUGUCGGACCUUCUGCUUGGACUCACUCUGCCAUUUUGGAUAACUCAGUUCCUCCAUGGUUGGGUUUUUGGUCUGGUCCCAUGCAAGCUGUUGGGGGCACUUUUCACCAUUAACAUGUACAGUAGUAUCUUCUUCUUAGUCUGCAUCAGCUUAAAUCGUUAUCUUUCCGUUGUCCUUGCGGUGGAGUUACAUGGAAAGCAGAGACCCAUCCACACCUUCAUCAUCUGUGCCCUUGUCUGGAGCACGGCUUGCAUGUUGUCAUGGCAAGAACUUUACUUCAGAGAUGUUAGGUAUAUGGGACAUGUAGAAAACGCUGUCUGUUAUUAUAACUUCGUUCCUCAACAAGCUGACACGUGGAGGAUUACGCUGCGACUCAUAAACCUUUCCCUGGGUUUCAUGGUUCCUUUAGGACUCAUGACUUUCUUCUACUCCAGAAUUUUCUGCACGCUUCGGCAGUCUAGAAGCAACCGUUCAAGGCGACCCCAAGUAGUCAUUGUGGGUCUACUGCUGGUCUUUGUGCUUUGCUGGAUGCCAUAUAACUUACUUCUUUUCAUCGACUCUCUUCAAAGGCUGGGCUUCAUCGAACGCUCAUGCCAGCUGGAGAAGAUGUUGGACACGGCUGUGACGGUCACAGAAACCAUGGGCCUCGCUCACGUGUGUCUCAACCCCUUUGUGUACGCGUUUGUGGGCAUCAACUUCAGGAAAGAGAUCUACAAACUUUUCAAAAGAAGAUCAGAUCCCGCCAGACGGAUGAGCGUGCUUAGCAGCAGGGACGGAACAGUCGAGACCGAGCAUAACCCUUCAUCUUCCAAAAUUUUGUGAUUGCAAUGUUCC